CUGCAAUCCACCCUCUGCUCAUGCGAGGUUUGGAUAAUUGCCAAGUUACAGAGGGAGCAGUGUCUGUUUCCUGCUUUUGAACAGGAUUGAGUGCUCGGGAGUUAUUUAGUGCAAAGUCAUCGCAGCGUUUGCAGAAUCCUUUGUUGCUGACGUUUAGCAGUGGGUGCGAUCGCUGCGAGGAUCACGCAAGCCCCAGUUUGCCGCGCACUAUGGCUAAGGCAGUCAAGUCUUUCUACGACCUCACAGCCGUCACCCUGGACGGCGACAAAGUGGACUUCAAUGUCUACAGAGGCAGAGUGGUGUUGAUCGAGAACGUCGCUUCUCUCUGAGGCACGACCACGAGGGAUUACACCCAACUCAACGAGUUGCAGACGCGAUACUCGCAUCGCUUCGUUGUACUGGGCUUCCCUUGUAACCAGUUCGGCUUCCAGGAGAACUGUCAGAAUGUGGAGAUACUUAACAGUCUGAAGUAUGUGCGACCCGGAGGUGGCUAUCAGCCCAACUUCACCAUGUUCCAGAAGUGCGAUGUUAAUGGUGCGGGCACGCAUCCCGUCUUUGCGUACCUGAAGGAGAAGCUGCCUGUUCCUGCCGAUGAUCCCACUUCCUUGAUGAAAGAUCCCAAAUACAUCAUAUGGAGCCCUGUCUGCCGCACGGACAUCUCUUGGAAUUUCGAGAAGUUCCUCAUUGGACCAGACGGAGAACCUUUCAAACGCUACAGUAAAUCAUUUGAAACCAUCCAGAUUGAAGCCGACAUCCAAAGAUUACUUAAAGUAACCAAGUAAAGUUGUAGGGAACCCAAAUUAUCACAUUGCUACACUUUUACCACCGAUGAGAAAUCUGCAUAAUCUUCCAGUGGGCUUGAUUUACACAAACCCUAAAUAAAAUUCAAUUUCAUCUUUUUUACACUUUAACAUUUGGAAAACUGCACUUGUAUCAAUGUGAUAAAUCCAUUCCCAGAGCAGUUUUUGCAAACUUUCUCUUGCCUUUCUGCUAUAAUGGUUAUUACAGACUGAUUUACCUUGUCUUCCACUCCUUUUGAAAUGCUCAUUCAAAGCAAAACUUUGCUGAUGAAUUUGAUCAGUGCUGCAUGUUGUAAUUCUUUCUAUCAAGUUGAUUAUUAGAUAUUUUUGUAAUACUUGGACAUUCUUGUAAUACUACCUCGCUCCUUUCUGCCUUUCAUCUGGAAAUUCCAAAAACUAUUUAUCUGCCUUAAGAGUCAAUAUAAUCUGGGAUUUAGUCUUUUGUGCAUUCAUUAAUGAUUCCAGUACCAAAGAUUUGGUGCAUUAAGGCACUAAAAUUAAAUUAGAACCAUGAAUAUAUUCCACUACUGAUUAGAAACAUAGAAAAUAGUUGCAGGAGUAGGCCAUUCGAGCCUGCACCGCCAUUCAAUAUGAUCAUGGCUGAUCAUCCAACUCAGUAUCCUGUACCUGCCUUUUCUCCAUAUCCCCUGAUCCCUUUAGCCACAAAGGCCACAUCUAAUUCCCUCUUAAAUAUAGCCAAUGAACUGGCAACCACGGUGGCAUUUUUAAACUGUUCUCCAAAAUAAAUUCCUAUGUUUUUUGUCGAAUUUAUAGAUGGUUUUGGGAUAUCAGGAUACAGUCAUACUUUCUUUGAAGUUCUAUGAAACAGUUCUUCCUAUCUUCAGAACUUUACAGAAUGAAGGUACACUCCUAAACCCAAUCUGGAGGAUACCAGAUAAUACAGAAAGUUGCUGAAUUUGUGGGAUGUAACUGUUUGUGACUUCUUGGAAUUGUGUGGUAUUUGUAUAUCAAUAUAAAUGAGCAAUAAAACAAUUGCCUUAAAACAAAA